AUGUAUUCCCCCAAAGUCGGUGAUCAUAUUGACAGCCUUGAUACGCCUUCAAUGAUCGUUGACCUUGAUCUCUGUGAGGCAAACAUCAAGAAAUUGAUGGAUAAGCUUCUGCCCACAGGAUUGAACAUCCGCCCCCACCUCAAGACGACCAAGAGCGCCAUCCUGGCGAGCAAGUUAGCCAAGGCUGGAGCAACUGGAGGUUGCGUGGCUAAAGUAAGCGAGGCGGAGGUGAUAGCGGCUGCUGGGUUCGAUGAUCUCCUGAUUACAUGUGAAAUUAUUGGGCCUGCGAAGGUGAAGAGGCUCGUGGAGCUGUAUCGCUAUCACCGGAACAUUCGAAUCGUGGUGGAUAGUGAAGUUGGUGCAACCGCCAUAAAUGAGGCACUGGCAACAUCAGGCAUUCAGGAGCCAAUCGCCGUUCUGAUUGACCUUGACGUUGGCCUACACCGCACGGGUGCCAAGCCUGGGAAGCCAGCCAUGGCCCUCGCACAGCAUGUUGCUAGGCUGAAGCAUCUAAACUUGAUUGGCGUUCAAGGUUACGAGGGCCACCUACAGCAUUUGCACGACAGAGAGGAGCGUAAAAGUCAGUGCCUACAAUCAAUGAAAAUCCUUACCGACACGGCGAAUUCGUUCCGGGAGGCAGGCUUCAAAAUGGAUGUCGUCACAACCGGAGGGACCGGUACAGCGGAGUUUUGCGCAACAGUUCCAGGCGUUACGGAGCUUCAGCCUGGAUCGUUCAUCUUCAUGGAUACCGAUUACCGAAAUGCCGUGGGAACAUUCUAUUCCAACAGUCUCACACUCCUGUCAACUGUUUUGAGCAAGCAAGGCCCUCAGACUGUUACGAUUGAUACGGGACUGAAGUCCCUGACGACGGAUAGUGGCCUAGCUGAGUGCAAGGACUCAAGGUACGCUUAUGGUGUUCUGGGUGAUGAGCAAGGUUCGCUUAGCUGGGACGACAGUGCGCCGGCUCUGACCAUUGGUGACCGCGUGGAGAUGGUCCCUAGCCAUAUUGAUCCAACAGUCAACUUACAUGACUUUUAUUAUGCCCACCGAAGGGGCAUUAUUGAGGAAAUCUGGCCCGUGGACUCGAGAGGAAAGGUACAAUGA